AUGGUGUUUAUCCCUUUUCCCAUUUUGAGCCACCUAGUUUCCACCCUCGAGUUCGCAAAGCUUCUAAUCAACCGUGACAACCGUCUCCGAGUAACAGUGUUAGUUAUCGAAUUCCCAAACACAACAGAAACCGAUGUGUUCACUAAAUCCCUUCCCAUUACUGAUUCACUCCAAGUCAUCAACCUUCUAGAAUGUCCUCUUCCUUCAAACACCAAUCAAGGUUCCACCAUGAACGCUCUCCUCGAAGCUAACAAACCAAAUGUCAAACAAGACAUCUUUAACCUCACUGCUGGCCAAGAAAACGGAGUCCUCGCCGCCUUUGUAGUUGACAUGUUCUGCACCACCAUGAUUGAUGUUGCCAAAGAAUUUUCUGUCCCUGCGUUUGUCUUCUUUACUUCCGGCAUUGCUUCCCUUGGUUUGAUCCUUCAUCUUCACACUCUACAUGAACGAGACAAUAUUGAUUCAACUCAGCUGCGGCAGCAGAAUGAGUUAGCCAUCCCGAGUUUUGCCAACUUGGUUCCUAUAAUCUCGUUGCCAGGUUUUGUAAUAAAUAAGAAACAGGUUGUGGCUGGAAUUCGACACUCGAAAGCAUAUAUUUUGGUGUGCCUAUUGCUGCGUGGCCGCUCUAUGCUGAACAACCGAGUAAUGUUUUUCAAUUGGUGUGUGAGCUGA